AGUGACGUCAGAGGCGUGCGUCCAGGCGGAGCAGGAGAAGCAGGGUGAGAAAUGUUUGGGCAGUCAGUGUGCUGUACUCUGCGAUGACAUGCGUGUUGUUUUACCUCACGGUCUCCUCGGUGGGUUCCAGAAGUUUGUUGUCUCCUCUUUUAGCUUGUUGAGUGGAAAGUGAAAGACUUUCGGCAUGCCUCCUAGGCUGGGGAAGCUCUUCUCCAACAGCCGGAUUGUGGUGGGACUUCUGGUCAACCUGCUCUCAUCCAUCUGCAUCGUCUUCAUGAAUAAAUGGAUCUACGUGCACUACGGCUUCCCCAACAUGACCCUGACCCUGGUGCACUUUGUGGUCACGUGGCUCGGGCUCUUCGUGUGCCAGAAGAUGGACAUUUUCUCCCCAAAGAGGCUGCGAGCUUCCAGCAUCCUGCUCCUCGCGCUGAGCUUCUGCGGCUUCGUGGCUUUCACCAACCUGUCUCUGCAGAACAACACCAUCGGGACGUACCAGCUGGCCAAAGCCAUGACCACCCCGGUCAUCAUCCUCAUCCAGACCACCUUCUACAGGAAGACCUUCUCCACCAAGAUCAAGCUCACUCUGGUACCGAUCACGUUAGGGGUCAUGCUGAACUCCUACUACGAUGUGAAGUUUAACUUGUUGGGGAUCGUCUUCGCCACGCUGGGGGUCCUGGUCACGUCUCUGUACCAAGUGUGGGUCGGAGCGAAGCAGCACGAGCUGCAGGUGAACUCUAUGCAGUUGCUGUACUACCAGGCGCCCAUGUCCUCCGCUUUCCUCCUCACACUCAUCCCCUUCUUCGAGCCCCUCACCGGAGAGGGGGGCAUCUUCGGCCCCUGGUCUCUGCAGGCCCUGGCGAUGGUGUUUCUGUCUGGUCUCAUCGCCUUCCUGGUGAACUUGUCCAUCUACUGGAUCAUCGGGAACACGUCUCCUGUCACCUACAACAUGUUCGGUCACUUUAAGUUCUGCAUCACGCUGCUGGGGGGCUACAUGCUGUUCCACGACCCGCUGUCCCUGCACCAGGGCCUGGGCAUCGCCUGCACGCUCAGCGGCAUCCUCACCUACACACACUUCAAACUCGGCGAACAGGAGGAGGGCAAGAGCCGCCUCGCUCAGAGACCCUGACCACGCCCCCUGACCAUGCCUCGCUCAGAGACCCUGACCACACCCCCUGACCACGCCUCGCUCAGAGACCCUGACCACGUCCCCUGACCACGCCUCGCUCAGAGACCCUGACCACGCCUCGCUCAGAGACCUUGACCACACCCCCUGACCACGCCUCGCUCAGAGACCCUGACCACACCCCCUGACCGCGCCUCGCUCAGGGACCCUGACCACGCCCCCUGACCGCGCCUCGCUCAGAGACCCUGACCACGCCCCCUGACCACGCCUCGCUCAGAGACCCUGACCACACCCCCUGACCACGCCUCGCUCAGAGACCCUGACCACGCCCCCUGACCACGCCUCGCUCAGAGACCCUGACCGCGCCUCACUGCUGGACACUCGGUUUACAUCCCGGACCACAUUUCAUACACGGACACUUCCCUACACUACAUACACACAUUCUCAAUCACACACACACACACACACACACACACACACACACACACACACACACACACACAUCGCUCUCAUUUCAGAUGGAACUAUUUUUGCAUCAUGCAGUGUUUUAUUCAGAGUUUAAAUAAAGUACUGAAAAUGUGACGCUGCUCGUGGUACAGUUCUUAAUCCCAGUGUGCACCCGAGCUUCAUCAACAAACACACACACACACACACACAAACACACACACACACACACACACACACACACACACACACACACACACACACUGUGUGUGAGCUCGAGAAUGUUCUCCUCCCAUUAGCUUUAGCGUUCACGCUGCGUUUACACUCUCACUGAUUUCUCAAUACAUCUGUUUUUCUCUCGUUCUUUCAUUCUCUCGUUCUUUCAUUCUCUCGUUCUUUCAUUCACUCGUUCUUUCAUUCUCUCGUUCUUUCAUUCUCUCGUUUUUUCAUGUUUCUUUAAUGUAUUUUUUGUUUCUGUCCUAGUUUCUUACUUUCUUUUGUCGUUCUUUGUUUGUCUUAAUCUCUCUCUCUCUCUCUCUCUCUCUCUCUCUCCUUUCGUUCCUUUGUUUCUUCAUAUCUUUCUUUUUUCUUUCUUUUGCGCUUCUUUUCUUUCUCUCUUCCCGUCUGUUUCUCCUGUCUUUCUUUCUCUUGUGUUUCUUCUUUUUCUUUGGUUCUCCCGCGGUUGCAGUCUUUCUCCGGUCUCUGCGUCUCCGCCGUUAGAUCCCGUAGCGAGGGUUAAAAUGGAGGUUGAAUUCGUCCGUCUCUAAACGAAGGCCGAGUUGCGAUCACACGCUUCUCUUCUUCUUCUCUUCUCAUUUUUCAUGGAUUCAUUAACAGAUGAAAGGCUGCACACACACACACACACACACACACACUCUCUCUCUCCGCUGUUCAGUAGAGCAUUUUCAGCAGUCCUGAUGGGUGUGUAGUAGUGUCGAGACACAGGUCUGUUUCCUCAGACUGAGGGAGUUCGGCGUGUCUCCAGUCCCUCGGGUCCGUCUCAGGAAUUUUGCCAAGUCGCUUGUGAACUUCAUCCCGGUUGAACUUCAUCCUCCUGCCGCUUCAUCUCCGGCCUCUGUCCCUGCAGUCCAAUCAGUUCUCUCUCUGUCCCAAAGUCCUUCAGCACAACUCCUUUAAUCUCAGUAAUGUGUGUGAGGAAUGCAGAGAGAUUACAAAGCAGGAAGACGGUCAGUAUUUCCCAGUGUCACACACACAUUAAUGCGUACACGCUCGCUGGGGCAGGUGUGUCUCAGUGAUGAACCCUUUCAUGCUCAGCGUACACACCGUGGGGACUCGGUUUCAGGAUGUUUUUAAGAGAAUAUAAAAUAUCGAUCACUCAGCACCGGUACUAUAAAUCAAUAAAUAACUCAAUCAGUAAAUCUUGAUUUCUGUUGUGCUUUAUCUUUACAAAUAUUUACAGAUAUAUAUAUAUAUAUAUAUAUAUAUAUUAUCUGAAUUCAGUCUAAAACUGCGUUCAUUUGUGUACGCUUCAAUGAUGUCACUAUACUUCAUUUAAAAAGGAUAUUUUCUAUAAUUCUGGUCAUCACUAUGAAACAUUUUAGAUCUGAAUGUCGACGAUUUUUGUUCGUGAACACAUCUUUGUAUUAUUUACAGGGUUGUUGUUUUUUUUUUGUUUUGUUUUAAACUCGUGGUGUUCCUGUACAAAUUGGCAACCCACUGACUUUGUAAUAAAAGUGAUACUUACCAAAAAAAAAAAAAAAGUCAUAUGAUUAUAAAUAAAAUAAAAUAAAACCAUCUAAAGAAUCUGGAUGUAUUAUAAUCAUUUAUGUAUAUAGGAGGAAAUCUCAGCAGAGACCGAGCGCUAAUAAAAACAUGAAGCAUGCCUGAUGA